AUGGCCCAGCAGCCGGGCCGGGCCUCCCGCCUGAUCUGUCUGCAGAGUUUCCAGGCCUGUGUGCUGAGGGAGGCCUCCUACACAGAGCUGGACGCCCUGGGGCCCCUCGCUGAGAAGGCCAAGCAGCGGGCACAGGCGUGCAACACCAGCCAGAAAUGGCGGGUGGAGAGCGGCUCAGAGGCCAUCGACAAGCUGGAGCUGGGCCACGAGCUCCACUGCAUGCAUAUCCCAGCUUCACACACAAGGUCUGUGGCUCCCAGAGAGCAGAAGCGGCAGCUUUCGGCUCGCUCUCCGCAAGCGGGAGCUCUGCGCACCUUUGGCAGUGAGGGUGGUGAUUCUGCCUCCGUCUCCAGUGUCUUCUCAGAGAGGUCUGCAGUUGAGACUCUGGAGCUGGGGCUCGAGUUUUUGCUGCAUAAACACACGCCCCACUCCCAGGUGAUUCUGGGACAUUGCCAGGGCCAGAGCGACCUGUGGCCAGCAGUGGGCGGUGAGGCCCAGCUGGAGGUGAAACCAGUGACGGCGGGAAGUCCUGUGGUCCUCAUCAGGGCCCUCGCCGAGCAGGCGGGCAGCAAGCUGUCCUUCUCCGUGUCACUGAGCAACCUGCCGAGCCACCAGGCUAAGAACAGGGAGGUGGAGGCCACUUUGAAAGUCACCCAGGAAGUCAUGCUGCCCUUAAAGGGUCUGCACCAUGACAGAUCUUACAGCAUGGCCCUGGACGUGGCUCACUUCCCCCAGGUCCCCCCAUCUCCAUGCCUCACAGCCUGCCCCCUCCCCAAGCUUGUGUUCUGGGCAGGAGAAGAGAGGAGGGCCUCCCUGCAGCUGACCCGUGAUUCUCACACCAGCCUGGUCCUUGACAUCUGUGGCCGGAACUGGGAGCUCAGCAAAGAGCUGCAGCUCUCAGGUCGGCAUGGCCUCCCCGCCCUCCGAGGCUGCUGCCCCAGCAGAACCUCAGCCUCAGCCAAGGUGCGGUGCUCCAAGGGCGAGGCCAAGAGCACAUUCAUCUUGGCGGAGCAGGAACCUCGUUUUUACAUCAGCACCAGGCUGGAGGCUGCUAAGGCCAGAUACACCAACAUCAUCAAGCUGGAACAGACCUUCCCCAGAUCCCUCUGGCUGCUGUGCUGGCAGGAAGCUGCAAGGGGCAGCAGAAACACCCGUGAAGAAGCCACCAUGGUAGGCAGGGUGAGAAAGAAUGGUGUCUUGGACCAAGCAGGGACACAGGCCAGCGUUCCCAAGGACCUAGCUCCGCCUUCCUCUUCCAAUUCAGCGCCCUUCCAAGGGAUCUGGUCCUGGAGACCUUGUACGAGCCUGUGGCAUCUGUGUCCACAGGAAGUGUCGCGGAAGAUGGCCAGGAGGCGGCCCUCAGCGGGAGCCUCUCUGGGCCCUUUCCCAAGCCUGCCAGGAACCUUGGCCUGCAGGGCCCGGAGAGUUCCUGGGGGAGGCAGAGCUGGAGACAGGCUGCGUCUUGCCACUUGGGCCGCCCAUGAGGACCUCAGCCACAGAGCAGGCCCUGGACACACUGGGGUGCCCUGUGGGCCCCACUGCAGCGAGCACCUACCUGCCUUUGGGCCUCUUCUCCUCAGACCACGCCGUAGGGCUGGGAGCAGGCAUGAGCUGACCUUGACUGCAGGCUGUGCCUCUCCUCCCUGCCUGCGGAGAGCUGUCCUGGCCUUGGUCUGCUUCCGCCAAGAUGAGGGACUCCCCAGGACUGCGCUGACCAGUGAGGCUGCGUCUCCAUCACCUGUGACAUCUGAGCCGGCCUCUGCAUCCAAGGCUGUGCUGUCCGAGGACCGUGACUGUGGCUGCUGGGAUUCAGGUGGACCCCACACCCUUCCUCAGCUUGUGCCUCCAGGACACCUAUGGCUCCCAGGAGCUGCCCACAUGCACAUGUGCGCCCCCGGAUCAUCUUCCACAGUGUGGCACACCUGCCACCAGUGCUGUGCAUGAUUCACACCACGGAGGCCCCACCAUGCACACACGGGAGGCAGCAACUGCAGCGGACAACAGGAGACCCCUGGGAAGUUCAUGACACUCGUCACGGAAGAAAAAGUUGGCUGAUCCCUGCUGCAAACCAAGGAAGGCAGAAGGAAGGAAUCAAAGAGAAAUUAAUGGAAGGAAUCAAAGAGAAAUUAAUGAAAUAGGAAGAAAUGAGCAACAGAACAGAUCAAGGAAACAAAGACAAAUGAACUGGCACUAGAAAUGAGCAAGGAGUCAAAACUGUAGAUCCAAUUGUGACUGCAAAAAGUCACUCAAUAAGUUUGCUGAGAAAUCUCAAAACCUAGAUUAAAUUAUUUCCUGGAAAGAUACAAUCUGCCCAAACUGGUUUAACAAUGUGAAACUUAAAGAAUAUAAAG